AACAUCAUGGGGGGAUUAGACGCGCUCCGGCAGUUUAAUUUGCUGAAAUGGCUCAGAGAGGAGAGACAGUCGAGGAAACUGAUACUCUUCAUCGUUUUCGUCGCUCUGCUCCUGGAUAACAUGUUGCUCACUGUAGUCGUGCCCAUCAUUCCCAGCUACCUGUACAACCUGGAUGAGUCAACAGACACUGUGUUGAAGAACACCACAUCCCAACAGGGUUCCCCAGGAGCCUUCAACACCAUCGUGUCCUUAUACGACAACACCGUGAGGUCAUCGGGCUCCAACGGCACGGUUGCAUCCACAAAUCAGAUUGCUCCAACCACCAGUGUUCCAGAGCUGCCACAGAACUACUCUGACUGCCCCGGGUCCUCCAAGAAGCUGCUCAAUGAGAAUGUCAAAGUGGGAAUGCUGUUUGCCUCCAAAGCCACCGUACAGCUGAUUACCAACCCUUUCAUAGGGCCACUCACCAACAGAAUAGGAUACCAGCUUCCCAUAUUUGCUGGCUUCUGUAUCAUGUUCGUCUCUACUAUCAUGUUUGCCUUCUCAUCGAGCUACGCUCUGCUGUUUCUGGCCAGAUCGCUUCAAGGUGUGGGCUCCUCCUGCUCAUCUGUAGCAGGGAUGGGAAUGCUUGCUAGUGUGUAUACAAAUGAUGAGGAGAGAGGUCACGCCAUCGGGAUCGCCCUGGGAGGUCUGGCAAUGGGAGUGUUGGUUGGGCCCCCGUUUGGCAGCGUGAUGUAUGAGUUUGUUGGGAAAACGGCUCCUUUCCUUAUUUUGGCAUUCCUGGCUCUGUUUGAUGGAGCUCUGCAGCUCAUUGUUCUUCAGCCCACCAAGGUGGAACCAGAGACUCAGAAGGGGACCUCACUGCUGACACUCAUGAAGGAUCCUUACAUUCUAAUUGCAGCCGGUGCCAUUUGUUUUGGAAAUAUGGCCAUCGCCAUGUUGGAGCCAACGCUGCCAAUCUGGAUGAUGGAGACCAUGUGUGCCAGGAAAUGGCAGCUAGGCGUCGCUUUCUUACCAGCGUCUAUCUCCUACCUUAUUGGAACCAACAUCUUCGGGACGUUGGCGCACAAGAUGGGGAGAUGGCUUUGUGCCCUUAUCGGAAUGGUGCUGGUUGGAUUGAGUGUGUUAUGUGUUCCACUUGCCAGAAACAUUUAUGGCCUGAUUCUUCCAAACUUCGGUGUUGGUUUUGCCAUCGGCAUGGUGGACUCUUCUAUGAUGCCAAUAAUGGGAUACCUGGUGGACCUGCGGCAUGUGUCUGUUUAUGGAAGUGUGUAUGCCAUUGCUGAUGUGGCUUUUUGCAUGGGAUUUGCUUUAGGUCCAUCCAUUGGAGGAUCCAUAGCUGAGAGUAUUGGCUUCUCAUGGAUGAUGACCAUAAUCGGAAUAGUGGAUAUUAUUUUUGCUCCUCUUUGCAUCUUCCUCAGGAAUCCACCCGGACAAGAAGAGAAAAUUGCUAUUUUAAUGGACACCAACUGCUCAAUGAAGACGAGGUCCUACUCCACACAGGGAACAAGCUACCAGGGUGAAAACAUGGAUCAAGAAUAUGACGAAUACGAUUAA